GGAACCACACACCCCCGACAUCACCCACCAGUCGCCUCCAACUGAGCACCAAAAGAGCAGCGCUUUAUGUCGCACGCUCCGCCUAUUGUUCUUUUCUUACAGCUUCAGUACCUCUAAGAAGCUUGUUCCUUUCAAUUGCUCAAGCUAGAUUCUUCCUUUCAUUUCUUGCCGAGCCCUGCCUACUACCGUCUCGAACACGUAAAGUAAUUGGUUUCGUGCAAGGUGUCAGUACGGUGCGACCAUGUUGUUCCAGCGGCCAUGGGCAAGCUUGUGCCUGCUGGCAGGAAGCUUAAGCCAGAGUUUGGCAGCUGUAGGAUUGCAGGAGCAUCCGGAUAUUAAAGCUAUUUCCCUUCGAACGCACAGCCUCGAGCCCCCCUACCUUGACUCGGACAUGCAAAGCCGUUGGUGGGACUUUGGCGACGACACCAUCGUUCGAACAGACAAGUACAUCCGACUAGCUUCAGACAAACCAUCGCGUACGGGUUGGAUUUUCUCGAGAGUACCGUUGACGGCUACCAAUUGGGAGAUCUUGGUUGAAUUCAAGAUUUCCGGUCAGGGAAAUCUGUACGGCGAUGGCUUCGCUAUGUGGCUCACCAAACAACGUGCCACCCCAGGACCGGUUUUUGGAUCAGUGGACAAGUUUGAAGGCUUGGGUGUCUUCUUCGAUACAUACAAGAACAACCGACCCGGCACCGUUUUCCCAUACAUUAUGGCCAUGAAUGGAGACGGUAAAACCACGUAUGACAAAGACUCUGACGGCAAGGCCAAUGAAGUCGCUGGAUGCUCUGCUCGCGGAGUUCGCAAUGCCAACAUCCCGACCAAAGCCCGGUUCACCUACUUCGCGGAUGAGGGACUCAAAUUGGACUUGCAGUACAAGGCCGAGGACGAAUGGACCGAAUGCUUCAACAUCGCUAACUUCAAGGUUCCUCCUGUUGCUUACCUUGGUUUCUCGGCUGAAACUGGCGAGCUUUCCGAUAACCACGAUAUCGUUUAUGUUAGCACCAAGAACCUCUACAAGCACAACACUGGCACCAAUGCCGCUGGUGCCGCUGCCGGUGGAGGUGGCGGAAGCGGAAAGACGGCAAGCUCAUACUCCAGGCCACAAAAGGAGAGCGGCAGCUGGACCUGGUUCUUCAUCAAGUUCGUUCUUUUCGGAUUGGCCUUGACGGGUGCUUAUGUCGGUUACACCGUCUACAGGACAAGGCAGCGUGACCGAUUCUGAG